UAGUUUACCAAAUAAUUCGCAAGUCAUGGUUAUUAUAAGGUCUCUGAAUUGUCUGGUCGUUUCAAUUGGGUGAAAGAGCUUUUGAACAAAAAAAAUAUCUGGCGUAAUCUCUCUUUGGCGUAUUUCGACCAAGAGAGGAGGACAAGCAAUGGCCAUGGGAGAGGAGAAGGUGAAAGCUGAAGCCAUGCAGAUAAUAGGAAUGUUUCAAAUUUUGCCCAAAUUGGUCGUCUUCGACCUCGAUUACACUCUCUGGCCUUUCUACUGUGAAUGUCGUUCAAAACGUGAAAUGCCAUCUUUGUAUCCCCAUGCUAAAGGCAUAUUAUAUGCACUCAAGGACAAGGGAAUCGAUAUGGCUAUUGCUUCACGAUCACCUACCCCAGAUAUUGCAAAAACAUUCCUUGAAAAGUUGAGCAUCAAAUCAAUGUUUGUUGUGCAGGAGAUAUUUUCCAGUUGGACUCACAAGACUGAGCAUUUCCAGAGGAUUCAUUCGAGGACUGGGGUACCCUUUAACUCGAUGCUGUUUUUUGACGAUGAGGAUAGGAACAUCCAAGCGGUUUCGAAGAUGGGAGCGACUAGCAUUCUAGUUGGUAAUGGUGUCAAUCUUGGAGCAUUGAGACAGGGGCUCACAAAAUUCUCUCAAAAUGUCAUUACAUCUGAGAAGAACAAGCAAAGAUGGCUGAAAUUUUCACAAAAGUCAGAUUCAUCUAAGAAGAAGAAAGAGCAAGAUUGAAGGAAUGGAUAUUUAUGACAUUGAAAAUUUAGAUAAGAAAUGCCAUUUUUAGUGUUUGUUGUGGUAUAUACUUUCUAGAGUAAUUAAAGAGAAUUAAAAAUGAAGUACAUGAUUUUAUUCUGUGUUUA